ACCAUAAUCAGUUUCAUUACGACAUAUUUUGACACGAAUGUUUAUGAAAUGUGACACCUGAGCUUGAAGUGUACCAUGGCGGAUGUCCGAGAUGAUUUUGCAAACUUAUCCCUAAAUGAAAUAGCAGGAAAUAGGCUACAAUUGCUGGGCAAAAUUCAGAAACAAAUUCGUGUUGCAAUUAGUUCUCUCGAGGCCGGAAGUGACUUGGUGACAAACGAGCAAGUUCGACGCAUCUUACAUCAAGUAAACAAGAAUAUUGAUCUGAUAAAAGCCUCGUGCAACGAACAAGAGUCAUCUGGUUUUAGGACUGUUGGGAAAGUAAGCCAGGAUGAACUAGCAGCAUGGGAGCCGCUAGGGGAAGGCGGAUUUUCAAGUGUUUAUAAAACUAAGCUUAAAGGGAAUGAUGUUGCUGUCAAAGUGUUAAAAAAUCUUAAAGAAACAAGAUCUCUGCUUACAGAAGGAAAUCUAUUAAGAGAUUUUCGGCAUGAUAACAUUAUUGCAUUCAGAGGAAUGAACAUUUUGGAGCGUGAUGUCUCAUUUGAGAAUGUUAGUACACAUGAGAAAUUCACCCUUAAAGCAGGAUGCCCUUUUCUGGUGAUGGAGUACAUUCCUAAGAACCUCUACAGAUUUGUCGAGGAUCACAAAACUCCAGAAUCUAGGGGACUUCCUAAAAGUCAAGUGUGGACCAUUGGUAGAGGAAUGGCCAAUGGCUUGAUGUACCUACACAGUUUGAAUCCUCCAAUAAGCCACAGGGAUUUAAAACCUGACAAUAUACUGUUGGAAAUCAGAAGCUUGCGGGUAAAACUAGCAGACUUUGGCUUAUCAAGAACAAUUGAGAGGAGUGGCAAUGAUCUGUCUUUGUUCCAUGCACGUUGGACAGCACCUGAUGUGUGGGAUGGUUACAUCACAGCUAAUGAGUAUAAUAAAGAAGAACUGACAGACACAACAGAAAAUGAAACCGUGGAAGAAGAGCACACAGGCUUUGGUGACGAACUUUUUUAUCUACGCGCUGACAUCUACUCGUAUGGACAAGUAGUAGCCUAUACGUUAACAGGAAAUACACCGUGGCAGGGUACAAACUCUGUUAGUGUAUUAGGUAUUCAAAACAACUUGAUAAAGAAGGAGGACAGAGUGGAGUUGCCCGAAGAACUGGGUGGUUUAUUGAGAAAAGUUAUCGAGGACUGUCGUAUGGAAAAUCCUGAGAUGAGACCAACAGCAGACGAACUGGUUUCGGAGUAUUUUAGUGGUGAUGUUAACCCGUACCAAACCGAAGCCAAAAGCGCUGAGUUCUUUUCCUGUGGGUUCCUCCAGAAUACUUAUGUCUUCGUUGCUGAGAGCUUGGUGGACGAGUCCAGUGAAGGAUAUUUUAAGACAGCAGUUCGUCCCCAGGGAUUCCCCCCUGAAAGUCUGUUGUGCCCUGUAGAGGUUGGCAAUAAGGAGUACAACGACGUGCCAAAGGAGUGGGUUUAUGAACGGAAGUAUAGGGAGCACUACGGAAGAUUUAGGCAGGAUGCUAUCGACAAAAAGAUCGCAGACAAUCCUUCCAUUGCCCUCAAAACAUUGAUUACCUCUCAGGAGGAGGAAGAAGAAAGACAAGAAAUACAACUGAUGUUUGGACAAUCAACCUACUGUCAUCAUAGAGCCGUUCGGGAGAUCUGGAGGAACCUAGAAGACUCUAAAAAGAGAGAGUUUGUUGUGUGUAAGACCACGGUCCAUCCGGUAUUCAGCACAUCUUUCGGCCUCCAUGUCGCUGUCCUGACCGCGGACAAACCUCAGAAAUUUAUCUUCGGUAGAAGGGCUAAUCGAGAGGGAAUGGCAACCCCAGGCAAGUUUACCUGUGGGGCUGUGGAAAGUGCCUCAACCAAGGACUACGUCUAUAAAAACGACAAGUCUUACGUGGAUCUGAUUCAGACCGCCGCGCGAGGACUGGAAGAAGAGCUGCGAGUAGAGUUGAAAGGCAGCGACAUUAAGGCUCUUUGCCUCACAACCGUGUACCUCAAGUUCGACACGCAUGAAUGGGGUUGCUGUGGUUACGUGGACCUGUCGGAUGAACGAGUGGCUCCCAAGAGGCGAUUAACGUUCGAGCAGCUCGGUUCUCGGUUCACGAUGGGCCCUAAAGAUAAGAAUGAGCACGAAGAGGUGGUAGCUGUUGACUUCGAACUUUCACGGAUGGUGGAGUUCGUGCGGGAGAAUUACGAAGAUUUUGCAAGCUCAACUAAGCUAGUAGUGGUGAAAGUUUUGCAGUCGUUUUUCGGAGUCGCUGCCGUGGAGAGAGCUUUUCGCGUUUAUCUGGAAGAUGGAAACAAUACUCUCCCAAAGGAGAUUCCAUCUUGAACAAAUUUGGUGAUAAAUGCUCGAAUUUUCUUUUUCUCUUCUCAGUGAUAGCCUUACUUAAAAUAACCGCAGGCUCCAGUUAGGGAGACUAGCCCGCAAGGGAAGCUUUAUAAAGGGUAUUAGACAUUUUGUACUCCGUUGGGUCACCAAUGAGCAGCUUGUCUUUUACUGUUAACUCUGUCUUUACUGACACAUACGCGUGUGAGAGGUCUGUGAGGGGUCAUUUACUGACAUCAUACGCGUGAUUUCAAAAUCACAAGUAUGAUUUCAGACCAAAAUUGCACGACACGAGGUUCAAUUACCACUUUAUUACAUCCAUUUUGAAAUCGCCCAAAUACAGGACUUGG